AUGGCAACAGAGAGUUAUGACAUUCCUGUCCUUAAAAAUCACUUGAUGUAUCAUGCCUUCAUUACGCACUGUGAAAAUGACCUCGGGUUUGCCAAGGACCUAUUGGAAAAGAUUGAGCAACAUCACUUCCGGUGUAUUUUUGCCAAGCGAGAUUUCGACGUAGGUGCAGCCGUGGUGGACAACAUAGCUAGCGCGAUCCACAGAUCUAGGCGGACAGUGCUGGUGAUAUCUAAAACAUCUCUUCAGAGUCAGUGGUGUAAAUACGAGAUGUUGGCGGCCAUUGACGAUACAAAUCGACAUAAUCGUAUUUCUUUCAUUCCCGUCCUUCGUGAUGACGUCAGUGAUGACGAUCUACCACAUCCCCUCCGUUUUGUCACCUAUAUCCACACUGGACGGGACUCUGAUUUCCUCCACAAACUGUUAAAGGCGCUAGCAGCCCCAGACGAAGACUGGGAGGACCACAUACCUGUCGGAAAUCUGGUCCAUGGUCUUGCCUGGAAUUAUUACUUUGGUUAUCUGAAGUUCCUGUUACCGGGUAGUCAAAUUAAUAAGUACACACUGUCCGCUGCUGAUUACAUGAACGGACAGAUCUGCAGCAAGGUUUUACUGCUGUUCCCGGCCAGUUGUCAGUGUCGACUGAGACGCCUUGACGAGGAUCCCUCCGGCCGUAUUACGUACAGAGGGGAGAUAGAGUUACUCCGCGACAGUGCCGGAGUGGUCGGCAGGGUCUACAAAAACACAGUUUACAGUGUGGUCAGCAAAGAAGGACGGGAAUUCUUCUUUGUGGGAGAGUAUGUGACGUGUAUUCGAACUAUGUAUGAGAUGGAACAGUCCGGGAUCGCUGGCAUGAAAUAUGACGACACAAGAUUGCUCUCCACGAAAUUCCUUAUUACCAUCAAGAGCAUUUUGGACCGUGACAAAAACUGUACAAAUAUGUACAGAAUUAUAUUUUACGAAGAUAUACAAGACAAUAAAACAGAGACAUUACCGGAUCAUAUUGUUAAAGCCAUACAAGAGGAAAUGGUCUCGUCAGGAAAAAACGACUUAACAUCGAAUGAUAUUGUCUCGACGAUCCACAAUUCAAGGGAAACAACUCUGACUCCCUUCUCUGAAGCUAGACCGACUUCGGAUGCUUCAAUCGAAGGUAUUUCAAAUUGUGACACCAAUGAACCAAAUACAGAAGAUUCAACGUCACAGACGACAGAACAUCUUGUUUGUGCUAAAACAUGCAAUACGGACAGGGAUGAUGUAUGUGAUGAUCAUUCAAGCCAUCUUCGGCAACAGACUAGAGAUUCUAGGAUCGGUGCGGAGAAGGAUUUACACGGACAAACACGAACUUUACAAGUUGGAAAUGAAGUGAUCAACAUUUUUUAGCCACGAGGAAUCAAAUUUUACACCAAUAUUACGUCUUUUAGACGCGUGACAAUGUAUCGUCUGAGACGAGAACAAUA